AUGGUUCAUUUUGUGGCAUGGCUGACACUCCUCUUAUACGUGGUGGCGACAUCUGUUGGUCAGAUUUCAUACCACAACCUGAUGCCGCCGCACAGUUACAUCGACGAAGACUUCCCACAACACUUCCCAAUAAUUCGAAGACAAAUGGACUUCGGCCCAAGCUCCAGCUUCAUCGACAUGCUUAUGCUCGGGCUUGCCGGCAUACCUGUCGCCAGAGCACUGGGGAUGUUACUAAAUCGCAACAAACCUCUCGCCAAAAAUUUCGACGACGGAAGAGUGCUGCACAACAGGAAUAGAAACAAGAGGGACCUUGCCUAUGCCCAACAACUGCUCGAUCUCCUGAUAUCUGUGGAAGAGUCCUUGGAGAGGUUUGGUGUCAUUGAACCGCAAUGUCAGCUCAGAGCUACUUGCGAGAUAUACAGAAGGAGCUCCAACGCCAUAGUUGUUGAAUAUCAAGAACACAAUUUCAUUAAACUUGUCGAGCAAAUGCGGAGAGAAAUUCAAAAUCCUCGAGUAGUUCCAUUGGCAAAAUAUGUGUUUGAAUAUUACGAAGAAGCAGCAAUUCGUGGUGAACAACAGAAAAACUGUAAAGAACUGUACUCGAAAUGUACAUACGCAACUGUAGUGAAACGUACUAAAGGCCGAAGGCCUCAAGGUUGA